ACUACGAUAUCGGUGGCUGUAGAUCCACUGCAUGUGUACAGAGCACUCUGGUUAUGAAUAUAAAUUGGAUUCUGCUAAAGCUGGUAGACAAACCAUCAAUCCUGCUAUACUCUUUUAUAAAUUGAGUUUUAACUUCCGCACAAAACAAAUAGCAUCAUCAUGGGGAUGGGGUUUUACAACUCCAUUUCUGCAGUGUUUUUGUCAUCCUUUUUUAUGCAUGCUUUCAUUCUCCACUCUUGCCUUCCUUGUUUCGCCCUUCCGGGAAAUGAGACAGAUAGACUCGCUUUGCUUGAAAUCAAGGCUAGCAUAACUCAUGACCCUUUUCAAGUCCUGACUUCAUGGAAUGAAACCAUCCACUUUUGCUCUUGGCAUGGCGUUACAUGUGGUCGUCGUCAUAAGAGGGUGACAAGCUUGAGCCUGCCGUCCUUGAAACUUGCAGGAUCUAUAUCGCCGCAUGUUGGGAACUUGAGUUUUUUGAGAGUCAUUGAUCUCCAAGAAAACAGCUUAGGCCAUGAAAUUCCUCCAGAAUUCCGCCGCCUGCACAGACUGCAAGACCUACAGUUAAACAACAAUUCAUUGAGUGGAGAAAUUCCUACCAACUUGUCGCGUUGCUCUCAGCUCCUCAGGCUCGCUGUUGGUUUCAAUGUGCUGAUGGGAAAAAUUCCAAAUGAGCUUGGCCUCUUGUCAAAGUUAAGAGUUUUUUCCAUCCACUCUAACCACUUUACAGGGGGAGUCCCGACUUCUUUUAGCAAUUUAUCAUCUCUUGAAAAGUUCUCCGCAUCUUUUAAUAAUUUGAGUGGCACUAUCCCGGAUAUUUUUGGCCGAAUGACCAAUCUUAGCUUUCUUGCUUUUGAUGUAAAUAGCUUUUCGGGUAUGCUUCCUCCCUCAAUCUUUAAUCUCUCUUCUCUCACAGUCCUUGCUAUGCUAUCCAACAAAAUCCAAGGGAGUCUACCCUCAAACUUAGGUAUGGUCUUUCCGAGUCUCCACACAUUUUCCAUUUCCAUUAACCAAUUCAGUGGAUCUAUUCCUGUUUCCUUAUCUAAUGCAUCAAAUCUAAUUGAAUUUUCGAUGGGAGGUAACCAACUGCAUGGAAAGGUCCCUCCUUUGACGAAUUUGCAUAAGCUUAAGCGGUUAGUCCUUGCUGACAACCAUCUCGGAAGUGGGGGAAUUGAUGACUUGGCCUUUCUCUGCGAUUUGAGCAAUGCCACCCAUUUAGAAAUUCUCCAAAUGUUUACCAACAAUUUUGGGGGCACCUUACCUCAAUGCAUAGGAAACCUGUCUUAUUCUCUUCAAAAAUUCAAUAUUGCUCGAAAUAAAAUAUUAGGAAGUAUCCCGAAUGAGAUUGCAAAUCUGGCUAACUUAGAGCUUUUGUUGAUGUCUUGGAACCAAUUAUCAGGUCACGUUCCCCCUGGUGUAGGAAAGCUGCACAAGUUAUAUCAAUUAUCUUUUGGUUGGAACUCUCUCUGUGGCAAUCUUCCAUCCUCUUUCAGAAAUUUAAGUCAAUUAAAUGUGUUAAGCUUAACAGGCAACAAACUUCAAGGCAAUAUCUCGCCGAGUUUAAUAGAGUGUCAGAAUUUGAGGAUCUUACAUCUUGGUGCCAACAAUUUUAGCGGUAUCAUAUCGCAAGAAAUCUUUGGUCUGCUGAACUUGUAUGAUUUGAGUUUAGGACAAAAUCAGUUUAUAGGCUCCCUGCCAGAGAACAUAGGAAUUUUAAUAAAUCUAGAGUAUUUAGAUAUCUCUGAUAACAUGUUAUUCGGUAAAAUUCCGACAAGUCUUGUUAGUUGUAUAAAAUUAGAGUACCUAGACAUGCAUGGAAAUUUCUUCAAUGGGACGAUUCCAUCAACUUUGAAUUCACUAAGAGGUCUUACAGAAUUGUCUCUCUCUCACAACAACUUGUCAGGCACAAUUCCAGAAUUCUUAGAACGUUUUGUAUUUUUGGAAUCUCUCAAUCUAUCUUAUAACAAUUUUGAGGGCAUGUUGCCGAUCAAAGGAGUGUUCAAGAAUGCAACGGCGACAUCAGUUGAAGGAAACAACAAGCUUUGUGGGGGCAUACCUGAGUUUCAUUUGCCAAAGUGCAAACUCCAGCAUGCAAAAAAGGAAGGAUUGAGCUUAACCAUGAAAUUGGUUCUCUCCCUCGUUUGUGGGAUUCUUGGAGUCAUUUUUGCACUAACCUUUUUGUACCUUUAUUGCUCACGGAGGGACAAAAAGGGUCGCGCUACAAGUGAUUCGGACAAAUUUCCCCAGAUGUCUUACCAAAGUCUUCUAAAGGCAACAAAUGGAUUCGCCUCAACCAACUUAGUCGGUAUGGGCAGUUUUGGGUCCGUUUAUAAAGGAGUACUUGAGGAAGGUGAAACUACAGUUGCCAUCAAGGUACUCAACCUUGUUCGUCGUGGAGCUUACAAAAGUUUUAUUGCUGAGUGCGAGGCUUUCAAAAAUAUUAGACACCGUAAUCUUGUCAAGGUACUCUCGGCAUGCUCUGGUUUUGAUUAUCGCGGCGAAGACUUCAAGGCCUUAAUUUAUGAGUUCAUGGUUAACGGGAGCUUGGAGGAAUGGUUGCAUCCAAUUCAUACAAUUGGUGAGACAAAAGAGAGGCCAAGAAGCUUAACAAUUUCUCAGAGGUUGAAUAUUGUUAUUGAUGUUGCUAUGGCAUUGGAUUAUCUCCAUCAUCAUUGUGAGACGCCAAUAGUUCAUUGUGACCUUAAACCCAGCAAUAUUCUUCUCAAUGAGGACAUGAUUGCACAUGUAGGUGACUUCGGGUUGGUGAGGUUCCUACCAAAAGCUGCUGAAAAUUGUUCGGGAAAUCAAUCAAGUUCUUUAGGGAUCAAGGGAACUAUUGGUUAUGCUCCUCCAGAAUAUGGCAUGGGACAUGAAGUGUGGACACAAGGUGAUGUGUAUAGCUUUGGCAUCCUCCUGUUGGAAAUAUUUACAGGAAAAAGACCUACGGAUGACAUGUUUCAGGGAACUUCAAACCUUUAUAGCUUUGUGAAGACAGCUCUGCUUGAGCAAGUGGAAGAGGUUUUGGAUCCCGUUCUUGUUCAAGAGAGCAAUCAUGCUGAUGAGGGGAGGGCAAGGAAUCGCGUCCUAAUCAUAGGAAGUUUAAUCUCUGUUUUAGAAAUUGGUGUUGCUUGCUCAGCGGAGUUGCCUAGAGAUAGAUUGAACAUCUGUGAUGCUGUGGCACAUAUGUGUAGGAUCAGAAACAAACUUCGAGCAAAUGGUAUAUGUGAAUAGAAGGUUAGUGUUAAUAUGUGGUAUAGCAUGUAAUAGUAUUGAUGUUAUGUGAAAGGUAUUUGUUAGAUAAAAAAAAGGGUUGUGCUUUCCACACACCUCAUUUUACUUCUCA